GAUUCUUGGAAUAGCAUGUCAAUCACUGGAUGUACGUUCAACGGCACCGAUUGCACCAAGAUUGAGGCCCAGCCCACAGACACCACAUGGCAGUGCGUGACAAAGGAAACAUGACGGCGCGUCGCAUAGCGUGAACGCACUACGUCAUCAGAGACAGACGACACCACCUCACCAACAACCAUUUCAACCCUCCCAUGGCCGUCUACAUGUCCCCCAAAAGACUAGAACCCCCGCCAAAUAUAUACCCAAAAUGCCCACCGAACCACUCACCAAAGCUCAACGCAUGACCUACCGCAUCGGCCGCGGCGAAACCGGCGUCCUAACCUUCGAGCCCUACAAAUCCUCCAUCCUGCCCCUCUGGCGCUUCAAAACCCCUUCCAUCGCGCGCCAAUCCUCAUCCGCAAUCUACACCAAGUUUCUACACUACAACGAUGAAAACGACUUCAUCGGCAUGGACAUGGCGCGCAAGUUCCUGCAGAUGGGUAUGGCGCGUGCGAAGAGGUAUGCGAAUCAUGCUGGGGGUAGAAAGUAUGAUAAGAAGACGGGACGGGAGCUGGAGAAGAGUACAGGACAUGUGGGCAUGAAGGAGAAGUUGGAGGCGAGUGAGGUGUUUAGGAGUGUAUGGGAGAGGGCGAAGGCGCAUGAGGGGUAUCAGGUGAAGAAGGAGGCGUUUUUGAAGGAACAGAAGGAAUGGGAUAGGGAGAGGAAGAGGGAGGUGAGGGACUGAGAGGUUGGUUUCGGUGAUAUAUGUACUUGUUAGAUUAUGUUGUGUUUAUGGGACGAUGGGUUGGCGCUGGAUGGCAUAGCUGUAUAUAGUAGUAUGCUUGUCAGGAUGUUGUUUAUAACUUUAUUCUUGUAAUCUGGGGCGUGAGACAUCUUGGAUAAUGUCUCUCUUGCCUACACUAUAUGGAGCGUAAAG